AUGGAAGCGAAAUCCCUCAAUCAGCAGAAGACAGUUCAAACAAGUAUAGCAGAGAACAAUUCCACUAUCAACAGCUACGAUGAAAAGGCGAAUUAUGACAAUCUUGUCUUUUUUCAACUAGCAAUUUUGUUCCUGACUCUUGUAGCUGGCUUGAUCGGAAAUGGCCUCGUGGUUGGCGUUGUUAUUUCCAAUCGCCAAAUGCGGACACGGACAAACCUUUUUCUGACGCAGCUUGCGAUCACAGGGAUAGGAGUUUGUUUAUUCUGUAUACCAUUCAUGAUAGUAACACUCCUCAAACACGGCUGGGUGUUUGGCAAGCCACUGUGUCAGUUCAACGGGUUCGUGGUACCUUUCUGGUUUGCUUCGUCCAUCUUCACGCUUACAGCCAUAAGUAUACACAAGUACUUCUCUAUUGUUAAGCCUUUGAAAAUGAUAAUAACACAAAGACGCUCUCUGAUGAUCAUUCUUGUGGUAUGGGUCUCGGCGCUAGCGUGUUCCAUAGGUCCCAUUUUUGGAUGGACUAAAAUCGUGUACAAAUCAUCAUCAAAUAUGUGUGGUCCUCGAUUUCCGCGCAGUGCAUUGGACAUUUCACAUACGGUCUUUCUGAUAUCCGUGGUCUACACAAUUCCCAUCUUAGCAAUGAUAUUGUUAUAUUGGAGGAUUAUAGAGGCGGUGAAGUUGCAUUGUAAACGGAUCCGUGACACCGCUAUCAUCGAUGAUCGAGGUAUCUUAGCACAGAAAAAGAUUAUUAUCACCCUUUUGUUUGUUUUAGCAGCAUUUGUUGCUUGUUGGACGCCAUUUUUCGCGUACGGAAUCUUGACUCUUUUUGCAGACGCCAGUCAGAUUCCACAACAUUUUUUACGUUUCGCCUACAUCUGCGGAUUUCUGUACAGCGUGUGUAAUCCUAUCAUAAUAGGCGCGCGAAAUCCGCGCUUUCGAAGAGGGUUUAAGGAACUCAUUACCUUUCAAAGAAUUAGGAGGCCCUCUCUAAGUCCCCACGGUGCGGCAUCCAGCCCACAAAGCUUGAGUGAUAGACGACCAUCGGCUGAUUAUUUAGCUGAGAAAAGAUGCUCAGUGUGGUUUCUUUCAAGUCAAAACUCACUGCUACGUUUGGAACCAGAACUUCCACAAAGACGUCGAAACUUACGAUGGAUUGAAACAUAUCUCUGA